AUCCGUGGGCCAUGGGCUGGUCAAUCAGCCCUAUAAGUAGCUUUUAAACAAUCCUUGAUAGAUAUAACUGAACCGUCGAAAAUGGGAUUGCGUUUCGAGUUGAGCGACGAUCAGAUUGACAGAAUCCAUCAUGAGGAUCCACAUGUGUGUCGGCCGCCAAGUGUAACAAAAUCCCAAAAGCACGAUCUCUGCAUGCGCUGGCUAAAUGCCUCGUACAAUUCCUUCGACUCAUCAAAUUGUGCCCAACACCAUCUGAUGACCGAUCCUGAUAGAACUCACGAAGAUAUAAAAGCUGCGUUUACAGAGACCGCUACAAAGCCUGGCUCUGUGCUUCUGCAGAAGGAUCAUAAACUAGGGAUUAAGCACCCACAACUCGAACGCUACAUACCCAGAUUGGAGAAUCGUCUAACCACGCCCAAGCAUCUGGAAGCUGCGUUUAUAAAGCCCAUUAAGACCAAGGCAGACAAGAAAACAGAUGCAAUAAAGCCUGUCCCCAUGGUUUCCGAUAAUCGGAACACACAUGAACACAUGGAAGCUUCGCAAAUACAGCCCCCAAAGCUCAAGUCCCCAAAAAAAAAACCAACAAGUCCUUGCUCCUUGACUACGAAAAAUCAGAAUCUAGCUAUGAAGCACCCACAACUCGAACUUCAGAACACACAUGGGCAUGUACAGCCCCCUAAGCUCAAGUCACCAAAAAAAAAACCUACAAGUCCUUGCUCCUUGACUACGAAAAAUCAUAAUCUAGGGAUGAAGCACCCACAACUCGAACUUCAGAAGACACAUGGGCAUGUACAGCCCCCUAAGCUCAAGUCACCAAAAAAAAAACCAACAAGUCCUUGCUCCUUGACUACGAAAACUCAUAAUCUAGGGAUGAAGCACCCACAACUCGAACUUCAGAACACACAUGGGCAUAUACAGCCCCCUAAUCUGAAGUCACCCAAAAAAUAUCCAACAAGCAGUCCUUGUCGGUUGGCUACGAAAAAUCAGAAGCUGGGGAUGAAGCAGCCACAACUCGAAUGUCACAAACCCAUAUUGAAAGAACCUGCUACCACUCGAGAGCAUACGGAUCUGGCCAAGUUCAAGGUCAUCCAGAAAGCCAACCCUGACCCCAUCAAUUUGCAAAUGCAUCAUAAGCUAAAGCUGGAGCAUGAAGAGCUCGUACGUCAGAUAGACACCAUCAAGCUAAAUGUAACUGUACUCCAAAUAGAAACGAAUCACGUGGAGAAUAAGCUACGGCAUCUAGCCCAGGAAAGGGAACUCAAGGGAUCAUUCACUGACGAAACUAAAGCGAAUCUUUUCGCUGAAGCGACGAAGGCUCUCGAAGCGCAAACGGCUGGAACUUUUCCCACUCAGUUUCUAUCAGAAAUAUUCUCAACAGUCGCAGGCGAGGAGCAGCUGAAAGAUCAUUUCUCAAAUUUAGACCACGAGCUGCGGGCCAUAGUGGAGAAGCUUUGCGUGGACGUUUACCAACUGAAAAAGCCGACAGAGACAAAGACGGUCAACAGAAAGAUUGAAGCUCUGAAAGCGAAGCUGGCGAAAAAGUAUCAAAAGCAGAUCAAUAGAGAGGAGAAGAGCUACAAAAAGCGUGUUGCAGCAAUGAAGGAGAAGUGCUUCGAUAUGCUAGAGCAGUUCCUGAAAAUCAACAACCGCGACACCUACAGCAAAGCAUUUCUAAAGGAACUGAAAGCUUUAUACGAGCAGGACACUCGAAGUUUCUAAUUUACAUUAUAUUUCUUGUAUUAAACAUAUUUGUUUGCUGCACCAUA